CUCUUGUAGGUGGUGUUUCAUCCGUUACUUCUGUCUUCAUCAAAUGAAAGUCCAUCAAAUGAAAGUCAGUGAACAGAAUUUGUGAGACUUAUUGGAGAAUCUUGCACCCCAAAUACAGCCUGGGUUGGAAAAGAACAAGGAUUCCGCACCAGAAGAGUUGGGAGACCCAGACCAACCCCUGAAGUGGCAGAAUUGAACCGAGUCCCUUUGCUUGGAGCAGUGCCUGGGCUGGAAAAGAACAUAAAGAUUCCACUCCCAAUGACCUUUACUCUUGAGAAGUACUUGUAAAGUCAAGAACGAACAUCCUGUCAGUCUCCUAGCUUAAUUUCGCGAGCACGAAACAAUGGAGGUGACAAAAGCAAUCACGUCAGAACAUACCAAAGGACAACGAAAAGAAACCACUACGCAAAGAAAACGCAGACUGCAGAAGGCCCGGAAAAAAUACCAGGAAAAGCGAGCGGCUGAAACAGAGCUAGAAAAACACCAGAGAUUAGAGCAACGUCGCACACGCUUGCUAAACGAGACAUCGGAGCGACGUAAAACUCGAUUAGAAGUUGAACGUGUGCGACGAGCACAGUCCAGAGCUGAGAAAAUGGCUAAGCAACGUGAAGCUCGAUUGGAAGUCCAACGUGUUCACCAUGCAAAGAGAGUCCAAGAACAGAUUGGUCUCUCUCCCACCUUCAAGAAUGUGGACAAUAAAUUCUGCGAUCGACUGUGCGAAAUCUGCCACAAACGCUGUUAUCCAAAUCAGAUUUACAAGGUUAAGUACAAUGUUGCCGCAUUAUCGUAUCUACCGCCUUCGUUAACCCCCAAGCCGUCACUGUUGCUGUGCUUUCUCUGCCGAAAACACGUUAUGAGCAAUAAAACAGAAGGACCAUCGAAUGCCUAUUGGAACAAUUUGGAUCCAGGUAUAAUUCCCGAAGAGAUCCUCAUCCAUCCAGAAGUUCCUGUGAAAAGUGAAACUGAAGAUCCAUUAUCACUGUCUAAGUCGGAACUUAGUUCAGAAGUUCCUGUGGAAAGUGAAAUUGAAGAUCCCUUAUCACUGUCUCAAUCAGAACUUACUUCAGAAGUUCCUGUGGAAAGUGAAACUGAAGAUCCAUUAUCACUAUGGCCGUCUGUAGAUACUGUAAACCUUCCUGUGAAAAGUGAAGUUGACGGUUCAUUACCUCUGUCUCAGUCUGAAGGUACUUCAGAAGUUCCUAUGGAAAGUGAAAUUGAGGAUCCAUUGUCAGUGUCUCUUGUCAAUUAUGAAAAGGAUUUGGUUAAGGAAAAAAGUACCGCUGGGAAUCGUGGCCAGGUUAGUAAUAAUGUUCAUCCUUGUUAUAGUUUCCAUCAAAGAAACUCGGCACUCCUUCAAGGUGCGUGGAUGAACAUGGCACUCUUACGAGUGCAAUAG